AUGGCUCAGUGCCUGGGCUUCUUUCUCCUGGCCUCCUUGGGCAGCAGCUCUUUGAUGGACAUGGAUCUGCUCUCUGUGAUGAACACAUGUGCAUCUGGCUGCUCAGUCUCCAGCAGUGCAGGCCCGUGCAGCUUCUCUUACAGCCGCUGCUUCAUCUCCAGAUUUCAGAGUCAAUUAGUAAUAGUAGUUUUCCCAGUGAAUUCUGUUAUUAUGGCAUUGAAAAGAAAGCGUUGUUCUCAAGACACUAAAGUGUAUGAUUCCUAUCUUCGUACACCUCCGACAUCCAGCACCAAUGUGGCUGAGAACCAUUCUCCUGUUGGUGUUGGAGAGGAGAUUGAGAUACAAAUUGAAUACCGGUAUGAACUCGGCGAGGAGAUUGGAGAGGGAGGAUUUGGCAGCGUGUAUGAAGGGAAGCGCUUGGAGGAUGGCCUUGAGGUGGCUGUAAAAAUUGCCAGAAAGCCAUCGAACAUGAAAUACAUCUACAUCGCUGGUCAUCCUGAGCCCCUUCCUUUAGAGAUCGGCCUGUUGAUACUGGCUCAUAGAGGCGGCAAGGUUCCAGAGAUCAUUGAGCUGCUGGACUGGCAGGACCAGCAGGAUUAUUACAUCAUGAUCCUGGAACGACCUUCACCAUGUGUAGAUCUGUUCGACUUCACAAUGUCUCUCGGCUCCAUCAGUGAGCGCCAGGCUCAAGGGAUCAUGGCGCAGGCAACAAUGGCCGGUCUCAUGUGCUGCAGACGUGGGGUUUUUCACCGCGACAUAAAGCUGGAGAACCUGCUAGUCAACACGGACACGCUUGAGGUCAAGCUAAUUGACUUUGGCUGUGGGGUUCUUCUCCAAGAAUUUGGCUAUGACAGUUUCUGUGGCACAAAGGAGUACUUCCCACCGGAGUACUUCCUGAGCAACGAAUACCACGCAGAACCAUCCACUGUAUGGUCUUUGGGAGUUCUGUUAUUCCUGCUGCUGUGUCAACGAUUUCCUGAAGCCACGGACAUGCAGAAGAUCAAUGAUGGAAACUGGACUGAGCCUGGAUUGUCAGAAGGUAAGACGUCAUUCAUCACAUCAUAG